AUGGCUACCCAGCGUAAGACUCAGUUGUCGCCUGUGAACAGGGCUUGGUGGAAAGAGGCCUCUGUCUAUCAGAUCUAUCCGGCUUCGUUCAAGGACUCCAACGGGGAUGGAAUCGGCGAUAUCCCAGGGAUCAUCUCGGAGCUCGACUACCUGAAGGCCCUUGGGGUCGAUCUCGUUUGGCUCUCUCCAAUCCUUCAAUCCCCGCAGGUAGACAUGGGAUACGAUGUGUCUGAUUAUUAUCAAAUCCACGCCCCGUACGGUACGGUCAAAGAUGUGGAUGCGCUCAUUCAGGGUUUAAACCAACGGGGGAUGAGAUAUGUCAUGGACCUUGUGGUCAAUCAUACUUCCGACCAGCACGAGUGGUUUAAACGCUCGAGAUCGUCCCGAGACAAUAAAUACCGAGACUGGUACAUAUGGAAAAAGCCCAAGUACGGUGUAGAUGGUGUCCGUCAGCCGCCAAAUAACUGGAAAGCCUAUUUUGGAGGCUCUGCGUGGCAGUACGAUGAAACAACCGACGAAUAUUAUCUGCACCUGUUCGCGCCGGAGCAGCCAGACCUCAACUGGGAAAACCCCGAAGUCCGGUCCGCGGUGCACCAGAUCAUGAGAUAUUGGCUGGACAAAGGCGUCAGUGGAUUCCGCAUGGAUGUCAUCAACAUGGUCAGCAAGGACCAAGGCUUCCCUGAUGCACCCAUCACCGAUGCAAACAGCCAAUGGCAGCAUGGGGCGAUGUACUACUGCUGCGGACCACGUCUCCACGAAUACCUACAAGAACUGGGACGGAUCCUGAAGGAUUAUGAUGCCUUUUCCGUCGGUGAGAUGCCGAAUGUGUAUGAUCCGGCGGAAAUUGGGAAGGCCGUGGGUUUUGACCGCGGCGAAUUAGCCAUGGCGUUCCAAUUCGAGAUCAUGGAUAUCGACCAUGGCCUGGGAGGCAAAUUCUCUCCGCAUCAAUAUCGCAUGUCGGACCUGAAGCAUAUCGUGUCCAAAUGGCAGGACUUCAUGUACCAGAAUGCGGGCUGGAACGCCUCUAUCUUGAAAACCACGACCAAGGAAGGACUAUAUCACGGGAAGAUGCUAGCAACCUUCCUGGGUCUUCAAGGAGGGACUCCGUUUGUGUACCAGGGACAGGAAUUAGGCCUAGUGAAUGUGCCAGCGACCUGGGGCAUUGAGAAGUUCAGGGAUAUCGAGACUUUGAAUCAUUGGGACGAGAUGAUGGCUGCAUACCCCCACGACACGGAGCUCCACCAGAUGACAUUACAACAGUUCCGCGUCAAGUCUCGCGAUAAUGGACGCACCCCGAUGCAAUGGACCAGUGGCAAAUUUGCAGGAUUUACCACUGCGCCCAACGGCCCAUGGAUUGAUGUGCAUGACGACUACGAAGACUGGAAUGCCGCGGCCCAGGUGGGCAAGCCAAACAGUGUUUUCCAACACUGGGCAAAGGUCCUUGGGCUACGCAAAACACAUAAGGACCUCUUCGUAUAUGGCUCGUUCAGCUUGGUGGAUGAAGCGAAUGAUGAUCUAUUCGCCUAUCUGCGAAUGCAUGGAGGCCAGUCAGCUUUGGUGUUGGCCAACUUCACAGACAAAGAAGUGAAAUGGGUUGUUCCGGCCGAAACGACCUCAAUUCUUGAACAUGGCGUUGUGCUGCUUGGAAAUUAUCAGUGUGGCCACCCAGUGCUACCUGAUGGCACCAUCUCUGUGAAGCCAUUUGAAUCGUUUGUGAUUCUUCUGGAUAGUUCAAGUGCCAGGAUCGGACUUGGUGGGGGGAAGCUCUGA